ACAAUUGGAAAGCUUUUGGAUGCAUAUUGGAUCCAAUCAAAUGAUUCCAAACCAAAAACAUCCGGUAAUUACUACCGCCUUGUACAGAGCUAUCUAUUCGCGAGUCCCAACAGUAACAUUGACGUACGAGAAGAUGUAUGCUUGGGAUUGAAUAGUACAUGUGGUGUUAAUUUGGAAACAAUGCAGCAUUUGUUUUUGCCUCAAUCAUGUGAAGAAAUACUCAUUGAUGUUAAAUAUCUAGGAAUGAGGUAUGCUUGUCAAAAAUUGUUCAAACCUUCGAAUACGGAAAUGGGACCUUGUUAUGUUUCGAAUAGUCUAUUUUCUUAUGAUAUGAUGUACGAUAAACUACCAUUCAAAUAUACUAUUGAAAAUCAUGAAGCAGCAUUAGAGUUUAGAUAUAGACAAAUCGAUACCGUCAGUUUCAUGCUUUAUAUCCACAGUCCCGAGGAGUUGCCAUAUCCUCUGAUGCCCAAUUUUAGACUUCGAAAAUCAGGAGCAUAUAUGCACUACUCAUUGAACACAAUAGAAGUGUUCAACUAUCCUGAUGUAAAUAGACAACCAAUGAAACAAAGAGAAUGUCGAUAUCCUUUCGAGAACAUCACAAACGAUCUACCAUAUAGCUUCACAAACUGUUUUCUACAACGAAGGAUACAAACGGAAUUGAAAUUCUGUAAUUGCACAAUUCCAACGUCGCCAAGAGAAUCAAAAACACUAUCUAUGACGAAACAAAUGCUUUCAGCAGAUGAACAGCCAUGCAUGCAAUCAUGUUAUGAAAUGGAGAUCAAUAUUAUAGGUGAAAAUAUAAUGAAAACAGCCAACGAGACCGACAAUGGAAACGUGAGGGUGGAAAUAAUGAAUAUACCUACGAAUCGCUAUGAACGACGAGUUUCUCGCACUAACUUGGAUUUCGUAGUUGCCUUAGGAGGAGUAGGAGGUCUGUUUUUCGGGAUUUCAUUACUCAGCAUCAUUGAAGUAUUCUACUUUUGUCUACAUCGUUCCUUUACCAACUAUCCUAGUAAAAAUUGA